AUGCAGAAAGGGAUGAGACUCAAUGAUGGACACAUCACCUAUCUGGCUCUUUUGGCGAAGAAGGACGGCACGAGGAGAGGUUGCCUGAGCAAAAAAAGCUCCGACAACACGAAAUGGCACGCGAAGUGGUUCGCUUUGUUGCAGAAUAUGCUGUUUUAUUUCGAGAACGACUCCAGCUCACGCCCCUCCGGACUGUACCUGUUGGAGGGAUGUGUUUGUGAUAGGGCGCCGUCACCCAAGCCAUCGCUGUCAGCGAAGGAAUGCUUGGAAAAGCAGUAUUACUUCACUGUCACUUUCAACCAUGACAACCAGAAGGCUCUGGAGCUACGCACAGAGGAUGUAAAGGACUGUGACGAGUGGGUGGCCGCAAUCACUCAAGCGAGUUACAGAAACCUGGCUACCGAGCAUGAGACCCUCAUGCAGAAGUAUUUGCAUCUACUCCAAAUAGUGGAGACAGAGAAAAUGGUUGCCAAGCAACUCCGACAACAGAUAGAGGAUGGGGAAAUCGAGGUAGAGCGACUAAAAUUGGAGAUCGCUGGAUUGCUCAAGGACAAUGAGAAGAUCCAGUCUAGUCCAGAGGUCCCACCCAGUGAUGACGACACUGAGAUUAAGAAAAUCAAAAAGGUUCAAAGUUUUCUACGUGGCUGGAUUUGCCGCAGGAAGUGGAAAACCAUCAUCCAGGACUAUAUUCGCUCGCCACAUGCGGAGAGUAUGAGGAAGAGGAACCAGGUGGUGUUUAGCAUGCUUGAGGCUGAGGCGGAGUACGUCCAGCAGCUCCACAUCCUCGUCAACAACUUCCUGAGGCCGCUCCGCAUGGCUGCCAGCUCCAAGAAGCCGCCCAUCACCCAUGAUGACGUCAGCAGUAUCUUCCUCAACAGUGAGACCAUCAUGUUUCUUCACCAGAUUUUCUACCAGGGCCUCAAGGCCAGAAUAGCUAGCUGGCCAACGCUAGUGCUGGCUGACCUGUUUGACAUCUUGCUGCCCAUGCUGAAUAUCUACCAGGAGUUUGUGAGGAACCACCAGUAUAGCCUUCAGAUCCUGGCCCACUGCAAGCAGAACCGGGACUUUGAUAAGCUACUGAAGCAGUAUGAGGCCAAGCCUGACUGUGAGGAGAGGACACUGGAGACCUUCCUCACCUACCCUAUGUUCCAAAUUCCCCGAUACAUCCUGACCCUGCAUGAACUACUGGCACACACACCCCAUGAACACGUUGAGAGAAACAGUUUGGAUUACGCCAAGUCAAAACUCGAGGAACUUUCAAGGAUCAUGCACGAUGAGGUGAGCGAGACGGAGAACAUCAGGAAGAACCUGGCUAUUGAGCGGAUGAUCGUUGAAGGCUGUGAGGUGCUGUUGGACACCAGCCAGACCUUUGUUAGACAAGGUUCCCUGAUCCAGGUGCCAAUGAGCGAGAAAGGAAAGAUCACAAGAGGAAGAUUGGGUUCCUUAUCGCUGAAGAGGGAAGGGGAGAGACAAUGUUUCCUGUUCUCCAAACAUCUCAUCAUCUGCACGAGAGGCUCUGGAGGGAAACUUCACAUUACCAAGAAUGGAGUGGUCUCUCUCAUAGACUGCACACUGAUGGAGGAGCCCGAGGGGACAGAUGAUGAAUCCAAAGUAGAGAAGAGUGGUCAGGACACGGAGCAUCUAGACUUUAAAGUGAUGGUGGAGCCUAAAGACAGCCAGUCCUAUACCGUCAUCUUGGUGGCCUCGUCCCGACAGGAGAAGUCAGCCUGGACCAGUGACAUUAGCCAGUGCAUCGACAACAUCCGCUGCAAUGGUUUGAUGAUGAACGCCUUCGAGGAGAAUAGUAAAGUCAGCGUGCCACAGAUGAUUAAGUCAGACACCAGCCUGUACUGCGAUGAUGUUGACAUCCGCUUUAGCAAGAUGAUGAACUCCUGCAAGGUUCUGCAGAUCCGCUAUGCCAGCGUGGAGCGUCUGUUGGAGAGGCUGACUGACUUGCGCUUCCUGUCCAUUGACUUCCUUAACACCUUCCUCCAUUCCUACCGUGUCUUCACCAGUGCUGACGUGGUGCUGGACAAGCUCAUCACCAUCUAUAAGAAGCCCAUCAGUGCCAUUCCAGCACGUUCUCUGGAGCUAUUCUUUGCCAGUAGCCAGAACAACAAACUCCUGUAUGGCGAGCCACCCAAGUCACCACGUGCCAGCCGCAAGUUCUCCUCCCCUCCACCCCUCUCAAUUACCAAGAACUCCUCCCCCAACCGCCGCCGCAAGCUUUCGCUCAACAUCCCCAUCAUCACGGGGGGCAAGGCCCUGGACCUGGCUGCACUUAGCUGUUCUCCCAACGGCUAUUCGGGCAUGCACUCCACUAUGUCACCCUUCAGCAAGACCACCCUUGACAUCAACAAGCUCUAUGUGUCCAGCACCAUGGCCACCAAAAUCCCAGAUGAGGGCGAGCCCAAAGCAGAAAACAAAUCUGAAGAGUCUGCCCUUAACAAGCAAGACAUGUCAGUGAGAGAAGAGUGUGAUGAAGAUCCCAGUCAGAGUGAUGAAGCAGAAGCGGAAAUGUCCCCUCCUAAAUCACCAACUACACCCAAAAACGUCAAGUCCAAAAACUCAGAAUUCUCUCUGUUUUCCUUCAACAAUGGCAUGGUGGUAUCAUCCUGCCGAGAGCUGGACAAUAACCGCAGUGCCCUCUCUGCUGCCUCGGCCUUCGCCAUCGCUACUGCCGGUGCCAAUGAAGGCACGCCCACCAAGGAGAAGUACCGGCGCAUGUCCCUUGCCAGCACAGGUUUCCCCACAGACCAGAGGAAUGGUGACAAAGAGUUUGUCAUUAGAAGGGCUGCUACCAACAGGGUCCUCAAUGUAUUGCGUCACUGGGUCUCCAAACACUCCCAGGACUUUGAAUUGAACUUGGAGUUAAAGAUGAGGGUAAUUGGCUUCCUGGAGGAGGUGAUGCACGACCCAGAACUCUUGACACAGGAAAGGAAAGCAGCUGCCAAUAUCAUCAGGACUCUGACCCAAGAGGACCCUGGGGAUAACCAGAUCACCCUGGAAGAGGUCAUACAGAUGGCUACAGAUGGCUGCAAGACGGAGCCUUUUGAGAACCACUCUGCCUUGGAGAUAGCUGAGCAGCUCACUCUGCUGGACCACCUUGUCUUCAAGGUCAUCCCAUAUGAGGAGUUCUUUGGUCAAGGCUGGAUGAAGAAUGACAAGAAUGAGAGAACUCCGUAUAUUAUGAAAACAACCAAGCAUUUCAAUGACAUCAGCAACUUGAUCGCAACUGAGAUCCUCCGAUGUUACGACGUAAACAUUCGGGUGGUGGUGAUAGAAAAGUGGGUGGCAGUGGCUGACAUCUGCCGCUGUCUUCACAACUACAACGCCGUGCUGGAGAUUACCUCUUCUCUCAACCGCAGCUCCGUCUUUCGCCUCAAGAAGACCUGGCUCAAAGUCUCCAAGCAGACCAAGACAGUGAUUGACAAAUUACAGAAGCUGGUGUCUUCUGAGGGAAGAUUCAAGAACCUGAGAGAGGCUCUGAAGAACUGUGACCCGCCGUGUGUCCCAUAUCUGGGAAUGUACUUGACAGACCUGGCCUUCAUAGAGGAGGGCACACCCAACUACACUGAGGACAACCUUGUCAACUUUUCCAAGAUGAGAAUGAUAUCCCACAUAAUCAGAGAGAUUCGCCAGUUUCAGCAAACAGCUUACAAGAUUGAUUAUCAGCCAAAGGCAACACAGUAUUUGCUGGAUAGUGGUUCAGUGCUGGAUGAAGAGAGCCUCUAUGAUGCGUCUCUGAGAAUCGAACCCAAAACAUCGUCGUGA